UAAGGGAUCACAUUCCGAAGCUAGUGCAGGCGAUAUUGUUUGUUGCUUCACGGGACCACCCACGACGCUUGUCUGUGCCAUACGUUCAUUCUGGCAACCUUUGUGCUAUGACUUAGUGGACGGGCCGGCUUCAAUCCUUCAUCAAAUACCAAAUGUACGGACGUAUACGGCCACCGUUACAGACACUUGGAGAGAAUAUGAACUGGAAAUAAUUGCUGGUGAUCCAAGCAGAAUAUUCAAAGGCAAAGAUUCGGUUCGUGAUCUGGUUACUGCUCUUACGUCCUGUGACAACGGGCCGCGUCGCAACAACCACCAGAACAGGAGCUCAGCCAGGAAGUGA